AUGCUCUCAUGGUCGAGGGACACACUGUCCGAAGACUACGUCCCUGUAGAGCUGCACGAAAGACACGAAAGGGUGGGGGAUGAAAGCGCUCUACAAGGCCCCUCAUAUACGUACUCCCGAGCAAAGCCGACUCGGAUGAACAUUCAGCAAUGUCUUCGAAAGAGCGUGAUCAAGCCGGACCUUUUCCAAGGGCAAACGUGGGUAGCCGCGUUUUCUCUCAAAUCCGAGCAUAUAUUUCGAUAUUUUCAUCCUCCGGGUCUACGGAUACUACCGGAAAGCUUAAACAUGUCUACUCGCCGUCAGGAUUCACUUCAAGCCGCUUGGACACUUCUUCAAGCAGUUUCUCUCGUAUUCGAUCGCCAAUUCGUGCUAUUCUCGCUUGCUCAUGCUUUCAACGGUCUGUGGCAAAGUUUACCUGUACUGAAGGCUGAAUUAGGCGAUACCAUAAUCCAUCUCCGCAAGGCGUCUACGAUGGCUACGAACACAUUUCAUGUCUAUGACAGUGUUCGUACGUCGGCGUCGCUUCUUCGUGUGGCUGGUAUAUUAUGGGCGAGCCUGAUUGUGAUGGUUGCUUUAGACGGCAAGGGAAAGCACAAUGUUUGUUCCUACAAUCACCUUCGACGAUGCUGGGACUAUUUUCGUCAAAAACUGUUGGAUCGCACGGAUGCUACUUGGCAGGAACCUAUCGCCGUAAUAUUCCCAAGAGACACCAGUAACGAAAUCAUUCUCUUGCUCCUCCACGCCGCAGUUGCCUCCAUCGACAUAUGCACCUACCGCGCCGGAAAUCAGUCCAUCACUGAGCAAUUGUCCAUCUCUGUGCUCCGAGAAGAUCGAACAAUAAUGAUCCGCCUUCCCGAGUGGCUUGCUUCCAGCCUUGACAGAUGUGGAGAUGCACAAACUGCCUUCAACCUUUCCGUAUUCCUUCUCUUUGCCUUUUAUCAUGGGGCUCUUCAUCGUUGCUUCGACAUAAUGAGGUACUCAGAAAUUCCCGCUCUCGCUAUCGGUGGCUAUGUCUCUCGUGUCUCGCGGGAAGGAAACUUACCUCUUCCGGAACAAUUCUGGAUGGAAUCUCAGGCUCAUAUAUUUGGAGGGCUACUUCAGCUGGAAUGUCAGCUACACGCUAGGCGCAGUAAUCUAUCACCAUGA